AACACAAACAUACACUUUAGUUCAAGUGGUAUUUUAGAUAGCAUCGGCUUGAGAAGUGACAACGGAAAUGGAAUAUACUGUGUACGUAAAGUGUCCAUAAAUUAACUAGGAUGUUAAACAAUUAUCUGCCAUAAAAUAAAUAUAGGCGCCAUGGCUAAGGACAGGCGGAAUGGAACGGUGUUCGUCAUUGUUGUUGGGUUUUGUUUUGUUGUUGGUUUGAACGGUCAGCCUCUCAUUCAGACUGGAGACGCAGACGACAACUUACUGGACCUGUUUGCUAAAUUCCCAGGAAUAGCUGAUUUAUAUGAAGAUGUACGACAGCAGUCUAUCAUGCUAUCAAAAGCAGAACUUAAAGUUUCUCUUAUUUCAAAGAAUCUGAUUGAGUCAUACGAGAAGGAUGUAGCUGAAGUUAAGAAGUUCUUUACGGAAUCAUCACCGAAUAUUGAAAUGAUAUCACAAAACUUGACCAAAUUUGGUACUUUUGUGAAUGAAACGGAAAGUUCAUUGGAAGAAUUUUCGAAAAAGUUGAAUGGGUUUUCUAAGAAUCUCUCGGAUUUGAUAUCGCGAGCGGAGAGUCAGCAGACGGCGGAUGCUGCCCUGGACAGUCAGAUCCAGAGUUUGAUGCACCAGACAAGUACUGCAGAGAACGUUUCUCAGAUAAUUCUGUCCAAUGUCGAACGAAGAGCAAAGCGAGAGAUUGACCAGUCCUUUAUAGACAAACACAUUGCUUUUGUGAAGGCGGGCAAGAAAAUAAAUUAUAAUCUUUUACGUGGUAGACUUCCUCAAUACGCCAAAGAUGAUACAAGAAGGACAAAACAGACGUUUAUUCUAGUUCAAGUAAAGAAAUCAGAAAAGGAAGCAUCGAAAAGAGCUGACUUUCUUGAAAAAUUCAACGAUGUGGUGAAGAAUAAGCUCAAAAACGGGAUGUGCAAAGCAAAAAGGGACCCAAACCGGCCUUAUAUUAGACAGAACAUUAUCAAGAAAACCUGCCAAAAUAAGAUCAUUGCAAAGGGCCAGUCUCCGGGAAAAGAGGCGAUUGAAACGACCGAUUACUACAUCUGCCCGGUUGGCGUUCAUGAACUUGGACAGGGUACUCGGCUUGUGGAAUUUAACUUACAGGACCCGGAAGUGGAAUGUAAAUCUUCAGAGAAGGGACAGUUUCGGGCAGGGAUUGGGAUUUUUAAGACUGUUAACAACAAGCCAGUUAAUGCAGAAAUUCAAAAGAAGACAAACGAUUGGUUUCUAGUCAAUCAUUUGGAUGGAUCACAAUUAGAGGGCAAUGUUCCAUGUUCAAGCAAAUAACAUUGUACAACGAAACAUAGUGCUUUUAUUAUAUAUAAAUAUUAUAGCGUUUUGUGAA